UAGGUACAUAUUUUAUUGUAUUAAUUACGAUUCACCUCUAAUAUUAUAGCGUCCUCCUCGCACGUCUGCCAAUCUGUUGGUCGUGCAGGUGUCGUGGGGGGGAAAUGACGUUUACCCGGUCGGUCGCACGAAUCGCCUCCGCCGCCGCCACCGCCGCCGAGUAGGUUCUUCUUCUGCGUCGUCCGCGAGCCCGCAAAUGCAUUGCCCGACCACUCCGACCAUCGUCUCAGUCGCACACGCGUUUUUACAUAACGUCGGACGCUCGCGCCCAUUAUAGCACCGUCGUCACAAGUCGUCCACAUCGUCCGGUCAAGCUCGUCAGGACCGUCAUCGAUCGAUCGCUGGUCAUUGCUCGUUCUCGUCUACCUCAAAACUUGCUAGCCGCCGACAUGAAGCCGCUAAACCUCGCGGUAUUGUUGUUCUGUCUGAUCGCCUAUGGACACAGCAGACCGUCGGACAACGAUGAACACGACGAGAUCAUAAGAGAAGCGAAGAGAGAUAAUAAACACUUCCAACAUGAUAGCGUAAGCGAACUACCGCUACACGAAAUGGAAUCUUCGACUACGGAAAACAUGUUGGGCCGAUUGAAAUCGAUAGCGCACCUGCGAAUGGCCGAGACGAAAAAGCCGGCAUUGGAUUCCAUAACCAGAGAAGAGCUGGAAGCGCUUAGGGACCUUUUAGACAAAAACCUUCAAAAGUACCAGAACUACAACGAGUACUCGACGAGGAAACGGCCGAGCGACCCGUACAUAGGUCAGAUCCUCCAUAACCUGAACGGUGAACCGCCAUCAACCGGUAACAACAACAUGCAGCAACAGCAACACCACCACUACAACAACAACAACAACAACAAUAACAACAACGACGGCGACGACGAACAACUGUCGGACCACCACCAGAUGCCCAUCAGGCGCAAGAUCAUCAGACAUACGGUGUUCGCGACGCCAAUGCAGGGCGGCAACGUGGGCGUUCCGAAUCGGAUUUAUAACGGCGGUGACGCGUCGUCGAGGAUCGAUUGGUCGUCGCCUUGGGCCGAUUACUUUCCGAUAUUGAUCAAAGAUCCGCUGCAGACGAUGAUGAACUCAUUUUCCGAGAUCAUAGAGUACGGUCCGGCCGCUGACAUUUGCAGGCACUCGACGGGCGACGUGGCAACCAUGGUGGGUGAGGAUGCCAACCGGUUGGACGGUGGGAUAUCGUCCCGGACUACUAGACGGAUUGUCGGUGGCGGUAAAGUGUCCGCCGUUGGACCGGAAGCGCGGAGACGGUCGCGCCGGAACGCGGUGGCCGCGCGGUCGGAAGAGGAAAAGGGAGCGCUGCUGAAUCACGUGCGGCCGUUCAAACACACGACUACGACGACCGUCUCGCCGGAACCGUCAAAGCUGUUCGGCUGGACGCCGGACAAGGAGGCCACCGAGCACAACGGCGACACGGGCCCGCAGAUCAAGCGGCUAGUGGUGCGCCGCGGCGGCGUGGCGAUCGCGGGCCCCGGCGGCAUAGCCACCGCAGGAUCCGGCGGCACGGCGAUCGUGGGCCCCGGUGGGUCGGCGUACAGCAACAAGCACACCGCGUCCGGUUCCUCGGCGGACGUCCCCGUACCGGCCGGCGGCAUCUCGAUGGCCGGAUAUGGGCCACAGAUGGUGCAGGGCCCGACCGGAUAUUUCGCGCCGUACCCGCAGCAAAACAACGGUUUCGGUCGGAGCUUGCGGGACGCGAGCGCCGGCGGCACGGCCUAUCUGUCCGCGGACGGCGUCGCAUACACGUUCCCCACGCCGUCCCGCGGCUUGACGGCGUCUCAACGUCGACGCGGCGCGGGCGACGGCCGUGAGAUCUCACUUCCGGACGGCGCCAAGCUGAUAGCCACCGGGCCGAUAGUGUACUACAAUCCGGAACCGUCCGUCCGGAAGAAGUCGCGCAAGAGCAAAAAGUCCGUGAAACUCGUCGACCACCAGUUCUGACGACAACCCCGCUGCCGUACGUUUAUCCGUUUGUUCCUCUACAACAACACAAGACUGUCGUGAUAUAUUGCACAUGAUGAUAACAAUAUGAUAUUACUAUAGCUCUAUAAUUGUUGUGUCUACAUUUACACUAUAAUUACAUAUUAUUAUUAUACGUACAUAAGUUUACCUAUAUACCUAUCGUAUAUUUUAUAGUAAUAUGUUUAGUACCUAACUUAAAUAUUUAAGUAGACCUUUAACAAUAAUUUAUUAUACUUACCUAUAUAAUACAUAUCAAUUAUUAUAUACUAUAGGUAAAUUAGAAACCUCGUGGUAGUUCUAUAAUAUUAUUUACAUGUACAAUAUUAUAAAUAUUUAAAAAUCUGUAGUUCUUUUGUAUGCUCUUAAUUUAUCAAACUAAUAAGGUGAAGGCUGUAUAAAUUGUCAUAUUGUGUAUUGUUAUACGAGUAAGAUAUUACGCGUGCCUAACGUUAUACGUAGUACAUUAUAUUAUUAUACGAUCUUUAAUAUUAUACUAUACUUAUAAUUAACA